AUGGGGAAGGUAGCCGACAGUGGUCCAUUGGGAGGUUUUUGCAAGAGCCGACCACUGGACUUGGUGUUUAUCAUCGAUAGUUCUCGUAGUGUACGGCCCUUGGAGUUCACCAAAGUGAAAACCUUUGUCUCCCGGAUAAUCGACAACCUGGACAUCGGGGCAGCGGACACGCGGGUGGCAGUGGUGAACUACGCCAGCACCGUCAACAUCGAGUUCCAUCUCCAGACCCACCUGGACAAGAAAUCCCUGAAACAGGCCGUGGGGCGAAUCGCGCCCUUGUCCACAGGCACCAUGUCGGGCCUGGCCAUCCAGACAGCCAUGGAGAAAGCCUUCACGGUGGAGGCGGGAGCCCGGGGACCCAGCUCGAACAUCCCGAAGGUAGCCAUCAUCGUGACCGAUGGGCGGCCCCAGGACCAGGUGGCCGAGGUGGCGGCUCGGGCGCGGGCGGCCGGCAUUGAGCUCUAUGCGGUGGGCGUGGACCGGGCGGACAGGGAGUCGCUCAGGAUGAUGGCCAGCGAACCCCUGGACGAGCACGUGUUCUACGUGGAGACCUACGGGGUCAUCGAGAAACUGUCCUCUAGGUUCCAGGAAACCUUUUGCGCAGUGGACCCGUGCAUGCUUGGCACACAUGGGUGUCAGCACGUGUGUGUCAGUGACGGGGACGGCAAGCACCACUGUGAGUGCAGCCAAGGGUACGUCUUGAAUGCCGAUAAGAAGACCUGUUCAGCCAUCGAUAAGUGUGCUCUGAACACUCAUGGAUGUGAGCACAUCUGUGUGAACGACAGAGCUGGCUCUUACCACUGUGAGUGCCACGAAGGUUACAUGUUGAAGGAAGACAGGAAAGCGUGUGCAGCUCAAGAUCAAUGUGCUUUAGGGACACAUGGCUGUCAGCACAUUUGUGUGAACGACGGAGCUGGGUCCCAUCACUGUGACUGCUACGAGGGCUACACCCUGAGUCAAGAUAACAAAACCUGCUCAGUUCUUGACAAGUGUGCUCUGGGCUCUCACGGUUGCCAGCACAUUUGUGUGAGUGAUGGGGCCGCGUCCUACCACUGCGACUGUCAUACUGGCUUCACCCUGAAUGAAGACAAGAAGACGUGUUCAGCCGUUCAAGAAGCAGCAAGACUCACCUCCAUAAGAGAUGUUUGUGGGUGCGAAGCCACACUGACAUUCCAGAACAAGGUCAUCUCGUAUCUGCAGAGACUGAACACCAAAAUUGAUGACAUUUUGGAGAAGUUGCAAGCAAAUGAAUAUGGACAAAUACAUCAUUAAGCUGCUCAAAAUUUUCACCCUGGCCAGUGUGGCUCAGUUGGUUGAGCAUCAUCCAAUCCACCAAAAGGUCGCCGGUUCAAUUCCAGUCAGGGUACAUACCCAGGUUUUGGAGUCCCCACUAGGAGGGUAUAAGGCAGCCGAUCGAUCAUCAAUAUAAAUGAUUUUUAAAACUGCUGAAAAGUUUCACCUGGAAAUAUAGAGAACUUGCUGUAUUUAAUACUUCUGUAUGUUCCAAUGGUGCUAAUUAUCUGCCAUUAAAAUGCUUGAAUUAGUGGAGACAUAGUUUGAGAAUCUUCUGGAGAAUCAGUAUUAUUUUUCUAAGGAAACAAAUGUCCAGAUCCUUAAUUUAAUGCAAACUUUAGUGUCUUUAAGUUAUGACUAUGAAAUGGUUGGUAGGAAAUAGAGUGAAAAGUUUAAUAUUUCUUUACUAAUUGAGCCUUUUCAUUUUUCUUUCAGUUCCCAAGUUCUCAUUCUAUUCUUAAACACAAGUAUGUUAUUUCUAUAAUUAUAUUCAUAUUAUAUAUUCAUCACAGAUAUUUUAAAAUGUAUAAUAUAUAAAGAAUAAAAAUCACCUGUACAAAACAACUAACAGUUUGCUAUUUUUUUCCC